AUGGAUUGCCAUCUUGGACAGUUUCGACUGUACACAUUUCUGAGUUUCCUAGGCUAUGCUCUGAAAUUAAGUCUUCAUGCAAAGGUCAAAAUAAAGCCACAUGCUUCCUCAGCUGUAGUCCUUGCCUUCUUCUUUCAAUGUCUGCGCAAAGAGCCUGGAGGUGACAAAGUGAGGUUUGCUCUCUGCAGUAACUUGGAAGAGACCACUGACAAAGCUGAUUUGUCCAUCGAGCGACUCCAGAAGACGGUGGUCGGUCUGGACCUGUACCAAAAUGUCUUCAGGGAUGGGCGUUGGGGAUUCUUUGCCCGCAAACCCCUGGACACAUCUUUCAAGAACUCUGCCCGGGCCGCGGAUGCCUAUGUGACUGUGCCUGUGAUUGGAGAUCCAAGCAGUGCCCGGUGGACCAGCAGUGGAAAGGAGAUGCUAGCCACUGAUGAUUUCAUGGAGAGAGACAACGACAAAUUCUGCUCGGUCUACUACAGCGCUCUCAAUGACAGAGAUAUACUGUGUGCUCAUGGAAAAAUUCCCAAGACAGCAGACCUUCAGUGGCGUUUCAAUCAUGGUCUCUUCGGCUACGAGUUUGUGGGCAGACGUGUCAACGGAACUAGAGUUAUUGGUCUUGUCCCUGGUUUGGCUUUGUCCACUGGUGUCAACUACUCACGAGGUCUCGCUGUGGACCUUCCUGACAGUUGGACCAUGAAGGACGCAGCCUCUGUACCGUACGCCUACUUCUCGGUCUACUACGCUCUUGUGGUGAAGAAUCCGUUGAGAGAGGGACAAACGAUUCUUAUACAUUCGGGCGCCACGGCCAUGGGCACAGCUGCCAUCCGAACAGCUCUCAGUGUCGGCGCCAUUGUCUUCACCACAGUCGAGUCAGAAGAGGAGAGGAAGUAUGUGAGGAAAUAUUUCCCCAAACUAGCAGAGUCUCACAUCAUAUUCCGGAGACAAGAACUUAGCAUUACUGACGGCAUUGAGAAAUUGACCAGUGGUGAAGGUGUGGACGUGGUUCUGAGUCCUUUCGCCAAUGACGAACUGUUUGAGGAAAGUGUCUUCUCGUUGGGCAGCUCCGGUCAGUACGUGGAGAUGGGACGCACCAACACCAGCAAGGUUGUGGAAGCUUUCGCGGCCAAACUGAUGCAGAAGAACAUGACGUACACACGUGUAGACACAGUGGUCAUCCUCAACGACAAGGCCAGCCAUGCCAAGCUCAUCCAGUGUGUUGGCAAGGACUUGGAAGGAGGAGUUAUCAAGCCCAUCGGUGCCACCGUUUACGAGGCCGCGCAGAUCAGCCAGGCCUUCCAAGCCGCUUCAGAGAACAGGGUGCUUGGAAAAGUCGUCAUUGAGGUUCGCGAGGAGGAGUCCUACAACCGUUUCCUCUCUCACCCCUUGAGUCUUCCUGUUAACCCGCGUGCGACCUGUGACCCCAGGAAAGUGUACAUCUUGUGUGGUGGCCUUGGAGGGUUUGGACUGGAACUAACACACUGGCUGGUGCAGAGGGGUGCCAGGAACAUCGUGCUCACCUCCAGGCGUGGUGUGAGCAAUGGCUACCAGGAGCACAAGAUCAAGAUCCUCCGAGAGAACUACAAAGCUAACAUCUCUGUGGUGACCACCACGCUCAAGUCCACCGCUGAUGCACGUGCACUUAUACAGCAAGCUCAGCAGAUGGGACCUGUAGGAGGCAUUUUUGUACUCUCUCUGGUUCUGCAUGACCGUUUCCUUUCCCAACUGAAUCGUGAAACAUUCUCUGAAGCGGCCAACAGUAAAAUCAACGAUACAAUCUUCAUGGACCAGGCGUCUCGUGAGCUGUGUGGGUCAGAACUUCGGUGGUUUGUGCCCUUUUCCAGCAUGGCCUCAGGCUGGGGUAACGCCGCACAGACAAACUACGGGUUUGGAAACUCCGUGAUGGAGAGAACGUGUGAGAAGAGGAAAGCUGACGGGCUGCCAGGUAUGGCCAUCCAGUGGGGUGCCGUGGGUGACGUGGGAGCCUUCAUGGUCAAGACUGGCUUUGAACGAGAGGGACAGGCCAUGGUGGCCACUUUUGAAGCCAUGGGCCUGGGCAUUCAAAAGAUUGACUCAUGUCUGCACUGCAUGGACACUUUCCUGCUUCUGAAGAAUCAAGACGUGGUCGCCUCCCACCAGCCCGUGUCUCUACAGAAAAAUCAGGAGGGAAGAAGUGCUGGAGCAGGAGGAGCCAAAAAGUCUCUCAUGGCUGCCACCUGCAAGGUCUUUGGUGAGUGA